GUCAAGUCAUGCAUGUCACACCCUGAAAAGUGAAUACCCUAAACUUCACCGCCCAAGUAUUUCUAAAAUCCUUCCUUCCAGAUUCCUUUUUCAAACGUACGGCUAUCUUUAGUCCACAUUUGAAAGAUCUCUUUGCUAACUAGGUAGAUUUGGCUGCAGACUUUGGAACCGUAGGAAAUUCAUUCAGAAGCUCACAUUAGACCAGGAGAUAAACAAAGAAAUUCCAUUCGCAAGUUGUUAACAUCUAGUGAUCGAAAGCAUGGCUUCUUCCGCCGAUGCUGCCAGGAUGCAAAGUUUUCUCGAAGAAGAGAAGAGAAAGGCUAUGAUAAAUCAGAUGGUAGCAAAGCUAACAAAUGUUUGCUGGGAUAAAUGUAUCACCAGUACUCCUGGAAACAAGUUUAGCUCCAGUGAGACCACCUGUCUCACAAACUGUGCACAGCGUUUUCUGGAUAUGAGUGUAAUGAUUUAUGGACGCUUCCAGAAUAUGUAAUGAACUAUCAAAAUUCUAGAAGAAAUUUACUGUAUUCAGAGGAUAGUCUGUGAGCAUGCAUUUGGAAUCUAAGUUCACUUUGUUAAAUUUU